AAAAUUCCUUUCAUCCAGGAAGACGACGACAAAGAAGAGGAAAAAAAAUCAUUCAGAGUACAAUCGUAUUGUAAAUUCGAUAAGUGAAUAGAAAGAGAGUGGGGAAGAGAGAGAGAGAAAGAGAGAAUUGAAUGAGAUUUUUCAAAACUAAGAAUAGAAUAUUAUAAAGUAUUCAAUUAUGAAUGAAUUAAAUUUUUAAUAUUAAAAUAUAAAGUUAUUAAUAGUAGAAAGAACUAAAAAUAUAGAAAUUAUCUCUCUUAUUUCCAUAUUAAAGCAAUUUAAAAUAACAACAAAAACAACAUCGACAACGACAACAACUUGGACAUAAAUAUUGCUAUGGAUACGACAUCUUUUAUGAUACCAUUUUUUCAAGAUUCACCUAUUGCUUGGGGUCAAAAUCUAUGUAAUGGAUUAAAGCUGCUGGAUGAUAUUCGAAACAAAGUUGACAAUGAACUAAAGUUAAGGCAAACGUUAAAUGAUCUAGAACGUUAUUUCAACAUUGAAAUAUGUAUGAGAAUAGAAAAAAAGGACCUAAGAGAACCUCUCUUUGUGCAAUCAUUCCCUAUAUUAUUAAAUGCAAUAAAUAAGGCGUUGGAUCAGAGUCCAAACAAUAAGAAGUUAUCACAGUUGGAAUGCGAUCUGUCGGAUUAUAUAUUAUCUUGUGGUUUCUAUUCGCAACUUUCUAUAAAGGGAUGCGACGAAGCUCUAUUGAAAAUUAAUCAUAUUUUUCAUUGCCUAAAGAAGAACAAAGGUACCAUUUCUUUGGAUGUAGUUGUAAAAUGUUUAAGAGAACUUCACGGGGUUCGAUUGGCAAUAUCCUACGCCCUUUUCGAGAAGAUCAGUGAAGAAUUUGAAGAGAUUGAUGACUAUUUGAAAGAAUUAGAAUUCAAACUUUGGGAAGAGAUUUUCAAAGAUUUUCAAUCCUAUGUGUCCCAAUUUCCAACAGAUGAUGGACAAAAUUCCGAAACAAUGUUUUUAUUAGAACACCACGUUCAUCCGGGAACUAGAAGAUGGAUUGUUGACCUUGUAGUGAAAUGGUCAAGAACAAGUAAAAAAUUAAUGCUGAUAUCUGGUAAAGAGGGAUCUGGUAAAACUGCAAUAUGUUCAGUCUUAUACAAUUUAAUUCCAUAUUCAAUAUUGGCUAUUCAUAAAGUUGAAAGAAUAAACAAUUCUUCAAUCAGCGAACUAAUAGUAUCAAUUUUUAAUCAACUAAGAUUAGCAUCAUUAAAAUUUCGAACGAACACCAAAGAUUUAAAGUCGUGUGGAAACUGGUGCGAAGAUUUUGAAAUUCUUUUAAAGCAACCAUUAGAGUUGACAUUUGGCUUUGACAGACAACCAAAGAAUAUCGUUGUUAUAGAUUCGCCGGAAAAUGCGUUAAAAUUUGAAAUUAAAGAAUUUAUUGCAAAGUUUGUUUGUGAACUUCCUCCUUGUAUAGGCCUUAUUUUAACAGUAGAUACUCGCUACGGAAGACAGUUCUCUAACAGUUGUGAUCAUGGUAGUGAAAUAGUAAUAUUACACGAAAGAUAUUACUUAUCUAAACACGUAAAUGAUUUGGAAAUUUACGUUUCGGGGGUUGUUGGAGCGCUCUUGGCUGGAGAACACGACAGAGAUAUUCCUACGCAUGCUUGCUCGGAUGAAAGGAUAGUUCAAAAGUGCGUUGACGAAUUAUUAGGAAUGUCUGGAGGAAGAUUCGAUUACGUCAAAGAAAUGAUGACUGUUCUUGUAAAAGAAAUGGAAAGAACUGGAGAAUUUCGAUCAAGCGUUAAAAAGGCAUCAUCUCCAGUUGGACGUUGUAAAGAUUUACACAACAGAUUGAUAGAUUUUACAAGCUCAUUUAGAUUUUAUAGAGAUCAUAAUAGAAACGAUCCCGCAAAUUUCAAUCAGCCUAUUCAACUUGUACAAAAGUCUCGUGUAGCACUAGUUAAGCGAUUGUUUAAUGAUGAUGAUAAUAAUGUGUGAAUGAAUUAUAAAAUAAAUUGUGAUUUAAUACAAAAGUAUAAAAACAUAAGCCGAUGUCAGAGACAUCUAUCGAUAAACUCUUAAUAAUGAUUCCAUUCUUCAUCUCCGCCCAGAAAAGCAUAGACAGGCCUAAGCUAAGUGUGUACGUAUGUGUGUGUGUGUGUGUGUGUGUGUGUGUGUGUGUGUGCGUGUGCAUGUGUGUGUGUGCGGGUUUUUGUAGACGCCAUUGUCUACCUUUUCUAAUAACGUACGUGAUGAACUUGAAAUUGUCGAGUUCGGCGAUUUUAAAAUAUAUACAUAUUUAGCCUUCGUCAUUAAGUUAGAAUAUUAAAUGAUCAGAAAGGAUAAGAGAUUUAACUAGCUCAAGUAAGUGCUUUUUCUCUCCCCUCAUUGUCACAGUUUAAAGGAUGUAUAAAAGGAACAAUUAAUUGAAACAAAAAAUGGAAUACUUUUUCCGUCAUCUAAUCAUUUUUCCACGUGAUUAACAUAUCUCGGAUGAUUUUUAUCUUACUGAAAUCAACUCAACUUAAUCGAUAACUAGUUAUACAAUAAACUAUUGCUCUUUUCUGUACCUUCUUAAAUCAAUUCGUCUUUGUAUUAUAAUACGUUAAAACCUGAUAAUAGCCUAUCCCUACUUUAUUGUAGAGACUACUUUAUUUUACUGAUAACUUAAUAACUGUACGUAGCAGACGGGUGAAUGAACGAACGCAUUUAGUACAAAUUACACAUACAGUACAUGUCUAUAAUUUUUCUUAUUUAGUAAAAAUAAACUGUAUAGUAUAUGAGUGAGCAGAAGAAGUAAUAGCACAUAGAGUUUAACCUUACGGAGCAGGAGAAACUUUUGAUUUUACCUUAAUCUUUUAAUCUAAAGUUAUUAAAAGCUAAUUAAGUUAUUUUGAAACUAACUGCUCCUUUCUUGCAAAGAUAUUGCUUAUUUUUUUAUCAGAAAAGAUAAGUGAAUUAAUUUUUGUGUUUGUAUAUUAAGUGCAUUUAAUUCUGGUGAAAGGCAAUAGCAAUUACUGGCAUAUUUUUUUAUUGAUUUCCUGAUUGAUUAGCUUGCAAUAAAUAUUAUCCUUAAAGGCAUUUUAUUAAGAGUAACCUUGAUUUUUUAUUCAAUAUAUCCGAAUUUAAUUAGUUUCGAGACAAUUCAUUCGUUUUUUUUUCUCUUUUCUUUCGUUUUCUCUCUUUCUGCCUCUCCUCUUCCCUCUCUACCUCCUUCUUUUCCUUCUACUCCAUAGCCUUUUCCCUGUACAAUGAUGUUAAUACAUUCAGUCCUCGCA